AUGCACAGGGCUAGUACUAAUCCGAGCUCCACCUCCAAACGUCAAGUGGUCCCUCGCCCAGAACGAAUCGACCUUGGAAACGGGUUGGUCAUGCGAUGGUCAACUGCAGACGAUAAAGACGCCGUGGCCGAGUGUCUCGCCAAGUCUUUUCAGUUUGAGAACAUGGGACGCCAUGUUCCUGAGGGCCAACUUCCAGGCAAGAACGAAUAUGUCAUCGCAUUAACUGGACGACUGAUGAGUGGAGAGCACCCACACAUGUCCGAGUACGAUUUCGCCCUGGUCGAAGACAACACCGUCCUCCACGCACUCAAACCAGAACAAUCUCCAAGACCCCUCGUCGUCGCUGUGACAUGUCUAUUGUUGGCCUCUGGCUACUUUGGAUCUGUCGACAUGGACUGGGGCAUGCCUGGGGCUGUUGGUACACUCCCUGCAUAUCGCAGUCGAGGUUUGGUGAGGAGGUUGUUCUUGGAUCUGAUUCAUCCUGCAGCAGACGCCCGUGGUGACUUAAUGCUCUUUAUCCCUGGUAUCCCUUAUUUCUACAAGCAGUUCGGGUAUGAGAACGCGGUGCCUGCAAAGUCGAGUCGACUCCUCAAGAAUAUUGCCACUCUCUACCCUAUGGACAAAAAACGGCCUCGCUUCGUUCUCAGAGAGGCCACAUCCUCUGACAUUCCAUACCUCAUCCAUCUCAGCCAACCCAACCACCUCUUCUCCAAAGCCGAGCUGGGCACCCGUUACGACCAGGCAUUCUGGAAGUUUGUCGUCGAGACCCUCUCGCGCAAGAACAUCUCCGCUCACCACGAUGCACACCAUCACGCUGCAAUUUUAGUCGACUCCACGACCUCAAAAGAUGUCGGCAUCUCACUGACAUGCAUGCAUGAUGAUGCUUGGAACUGGAAAGUGUUUACUUUGGACCUUGAGGACCAAACUGACGACGGCGACAGUGCAGUUACCUAUAGAGAGGCGAUGGCGUCGGUGUUGAUCCAGCUGAAGGAGUUUGACCGGCCCUACUAUGAAUGCUAUAGCGCCAAAAUCAACAAUGAUAUGUUGCCCCUGGAAUCCGAGACGACUCUCCGUACACGCGGCGAGUUCCCUGCACUCGAUUUCACCAACAUCGGUAUUGAUCUGUCUCCGGCCCACCCUGUGACCUUGCUGUUGGAUGCUCGCAUGCAGCUUGAACCUGCCAGAGACCCCUACCGAUUCUACACCCGGAUCCCUAGUCUGCCAAAGUUCCUGUUGAAGAUUGCGCCCGUGCUGGAGACGCGAUUGAAGGAGUCGGGUGUAUGGAGAGAUGUGAGUGUGAGGUUGCAGGUGGACUUUUAUCAGCGCCUGGAAGGGAUGAGUGGUCCUGGGUUAGAGAUGGUGGUGGAGAGAGGCAAGAUUGUAGGGGUGAUGGAUUGGAGGCCCAAGACUACUGAUCAGCUAGCCCGAGAGGCACUGGAGCAAUUCAAUCGCAAGCAAGCAGGAUUGAAGGAAGAGUUAAAAGAGGGAGAGUUGAUGUUGCAGGCUGGGUUUAGACCGCUGUCGUUCACGAGACUGGUGACGAGCUCGAUUUCUGUGGACGAGCUGUUGAAGCGCGAUACGGAAAAUUAUGUGGGCCAGGGCGAGGCCAGGCUGUUGCUUGAUGUGUUGUUCCCGGCGAUGGAUGAGUUCCACCUUGAUCUCAUGUGGUCUUAG